AUUUUUGUUGUUUAUCUCAAAGGUACUUCAAGUGUUGCAAGAGCAUGGAGUGGAACCUUUGAUGAACUUCUUGGAAAACAAAUUGGUUAUUUUUUCAGAACCUACUUCAGAAUGAAUUAUUCUGGUUUAGCAGAAUAUCCAGAUUUUUUUGCAGUCUGUCUAAUAUUACUUUUAGCAGGACUUUUAUCAUUUGGAGUAAAAGAAUCUGCAUGGGUAAAUAAAGUCUUCACCGCUGUUAACAUCUUGGUUCUACUCUUUGUUAUGAUUUCUGGCUUUGUGAAAGGCAACAUUAAUAACUGGAAGAGAACUGAAGAAUUUCUGAUAAACUACACUGCAGAAAUAAAAAAUCUAUCAUCCUCUGAGAAUGUGACAAGUAUAUUUGGAGCUGGUGGCUUCAUGCCAUAUGGCUUUACCGGAACGCUAGCUGGCGCUGCAACUUGCUUUUAUGCCUUCAUAGGAUUUGAUUGCAUUGCAACUACUGGGGAAGAGGUCAGGAAUCCUCAGAGGGCCAUUCCUAUUGGAAUUGUAACAUCUCUACUUGUCUGCUUUCUGGCCUAUUUUGGAGUUUCAGCUGCUUUGACUCUUAUGAUGCCAUACUACUUACUUGAUGAGAAAAGUCCUCUCCCCGUAGCAUUUGAGUAUGUUGGAUGGGGCCCAGCGAAAUACCUUGUAGCAGUUGGAUCUCUGUGUGCUUUAUCAACAAGUCUCCUUGGAUCCAUUUUCCCCAUGCCUCGUGUAAUCUAUGCUAUGGCAUCGGAUGGCUUGCUUUUCACAUGUCUAGCUCAAAUCAACCCCAAAACGAAGACUCCACUUGUUGCAACUUUAUCAUCAGGGGCUGUCGCAGCUCUAAUGGCUUUUCUCUUUGACCUAAAAGCCUUAGUAGACAUGAUGUCUAUUGGUACACUUCUUGCAUACUCAUUGGUAGCUGCUUGUGUUCUCAUACUUAGGUACCAACCCAGUUUAAACUAUGAGCAACCAAAAUAUUCAGCAGAAAAAGAGGCCCUUGCAGGAUCACAAGGCGAAUGUAAAAGUGAAUCUCAAAUUAGCAUGAUACCAAGAAAGAGCUUUAAUCUACAAAUGCUGAUUAAUCCAUCAAGUUUGCCAACUGAACAAUCUGCUACUGUGGUGAGCCUUCUUGUGGGUCUUUUGGCUAUCCUGGUUUGUGGAUUAAGCAUUCUGACAACCCAUGGAAUUAAUUCACUUGCAAAUAUGGAGCUUUGGAGUAUUUUUCUUCUUGCCUCUCUUUUCAUACUAUUCGGGAUGAUUAUGUUUAUCAUCUGGAGACAACCUCAAAAUCAACAUAAAGUGACAUUUAUGGUUCCGUUCUUGCCAUUCUUGCCAUCUUUAAGUAUCUUAGUGAAUAUAUACUUGAUGGUACAGCUGAGUGGAGAGACAUGGAUUCGGUUCAGCAUCUGGAUGGCACUUGGACUCCUGAUUUACUUUGCCUAUGGCAUCCGGCAUAGUACAGAAAGCUGUCCCAAAGAGGAAGAGGAAGAUGAUGACAGCUGCUCAGAAAGAAGCGAAACUUUAGAAAAGAAGCACAUGGGAGAUUCAAGUGAACUUGAACAUGCAAGUGAAAGUGCUCAGUUUAUUCCACAUGAAAAGACAAGUGAAUGUUAGCAAUCAUUGAUAAACCUGCUGUGUGUGCUUUUAGACAGGGAUGGCAGCAGAAUGGAGUUGCUGGUGAAAUGGUGAACUACUUGCUCCCCCCAAAUUAGCAGUAACCCACUUGUGCUUUAUGGAAAUAUCUAGCAGAAUACAUGAAAGAUGAUCUAAACUAGUUGCUAGAUAUCUUUUUCAUCAGAGACUUGCCUCAGAGGGUUGCAAUCUUUAAAAAAGCUGAGCAAGAAAGUGGAGGAAAAUUUUCCAAGGGGGCCAAUGUGACUCAUCUAUCAUGUUAAAUAAGUUGUGAUUUCCUUAACAAUGUCCUACAACUUUAACUGGCAUGCGUUAUAUAACUAAUUCUUAAGGAGCAUCUGAAGAAGAAGAGUUGAAUAUUAUGGUUUAUAAUACUAGAGAUGUAUUAUUAACUGCUUUUAAAAAAUAGCAUAGCAUUGCUAAAUAAUCACACAACUACUUGAUUUCCAUCACUCUCGGUACCUUCCCAUACCUUGUUUCUAACCCAGCCACCUAUUGUGGUGUCGUCUUCUGUGUCAUUGUUCCAUGUUGCUCCUGUGAGUGAGAGGCUGAGGCUUUCCUUAGCUGUACAUUAUAUCAGAGGCAGCCUCUGAGUAUAGAGACUGAGUAUAAACUCAGUUAUACUUUGUUGUGCAGAAUGAAGUAAUGGUCGCUGCCUGGGAACACAGCAAUUGUGACAGGAUGAGGCUGGCAAGAAGAAUAGAAAAUGUAAUCCAACAUAAUAUUGCACCAAUUUAAGGAUGAGUAGAGAUGACCUCAAUUCAGCAGUGGGGAAAGGCCCCAGAUUCCUAAAAAUUCCUGAGGAAAAAAAUUACAGUUAUCUGACCUAACUUUUGCUUUGCUGUUAUCCGCAAGUAGUAUAAACCAUGACAAUUCUUCUAAAGAAAUAUUUAAGAAUAUUUGAAAUGGUUAUAUUUGUUAGAAAAUCUAGUUUGACACUCUGUUUAUAUCAGUUUUAUUUCCAAAUUCUUCAUCCUUGCCAAUGAAAAUGAAAAACAUGGAUGAAUGAUUAAUUUAAACAAAUGAUGAAGCACCAGCAAAAUGGCACUUCUGUGGAACUGAAGUUUGCAAAAUGCUGAUGCAUCUGUUGACUUCCUUAAUAUAUGAAUGUUCUGAGCACAUCAAUUCUGCAGCACUGCCAGAGAUUGGGCUGCAGAACUGUGCACCCAUAUAUUCACUUGGUAGAUUGUUCAAUUAAAUAUCAAAAAAAAAACCUCUAUUCAAGAACUGGCUAAUUUUGGGAUGGUGGUGAGUAAAGUAAGCGUUAAGCUUGCAUGUUCUUCUGUCCUGCUCCAGUUACAAAGAAUUUGGAAUGUUUAAUUUAGGUCAUUGGCUGCUGUUGGCACAUUUCAUCACCUCCUUAGCAGGUAGUGAUUAAUUUUAACUAAUUAAAAAAAUGUCAAUUCCAAACUAUGGUUUAUAAAAAUAAUUUAUAUAAUCCACAGUUAAUAGGAACAAAAGUGAAACAUGAUGUUAGAUUAGAAAUGAAGGAUUGUCCUCUCAGUCACUUCAGGAGUUAGGAGCAAGCAAUGCAAGCUUUGGGCCUACUGUUGCUUGUUCUCCUCACCAUAAAUUGUGGUUUCUCCAUAAUACCCAAACAUAGCCACUAAAUUCUUCUUCCUAUCUAGGAAGUAAUUCUCUUCAAAUUAUUUUGUCAUCAUAGGUGAUAUAAUAUUUAUUAAAUAACUCAUGAAUAAAUUUUUAUUUUUGUGAAAUAGAGGUAUGUAUGUAUAUAUUGCAGAGAGGAGGGGGGGAAAUGAAAAACAUAGCUCAAACGUUUUAGCAAAAUUAAUGUUUAAGUGUAAUAGAUCUUUCUUAAACUUUGAGAGAAUAUAUGUUUACCAACAAAUGAAGGCAUCUUCAGUGUUGGUAUCCAUUGCUGGCUUUACCUUUUGGGUAAGGUUGGGUAAGGUUGUGAGUUGUAUAGGUAGUUCCCAGCAUAUCAGUUGGGAUAAGUCAAGGCACUGAAUCAACUUUAAGAAGCAUCAUGUGCAAGUGUCAGCAAGUCCCAAAGAAUUUUUUAUUCUUGAGUCCUAGGAGGUUUAUUUCCAUCGUUCUGUCUGACUGUAUGGAUUCUUUUUUAAUUUUCUGGUUCAUUUUCCUUAAACAACCAAUAACAUGUUAACAAAGGUAAUGAAUCUAUCUAAUUAUGUGUUGCUUUAAUAUAUUGUAGCUACCUUUGCACUAAUUUUUCCUACUCCAGCCUGCUUAUUUAUGUAUAAUUUGUGAAACUAAUAUGUCAUUGCAGACUUGAGUAUGAAUAACAGAAGUGGGAGCAUAAUUAUUUUUAAAAAAAUAUAAGCAUAGAAACUUCAUUUAGGUUUCUCUGCUUAAGUUUAUGUAAAUGGUACAAAACAAUUACAAAAAGACAUGCAAUGGGCAGGCACUUCGAAGGAACAACUGUGCUGUCACCAUUUGAUCAUCUCAGAUAUACAUGUGAAUACUGACAUUUUAUAUGUGCAAAAGAACUAUACAUCUGGAUGUUUUACUUGUAUUGUUACUCAUAAAACAAGCAAACAUACAUGAGCUUUUUCUUUAAAUGAAAUUUAGAGAAAUACUUUUUGAAGGAAAGUUGAUAAAAUAGAGAACUAGAUUUUUAAAAUUUUAGGAAACAAGCAACUUUCUGACUGAAAUUUUAUGUAAAUUAUGAUAAUUAUUUAGGAACAUACAGAGUAGUUCUUAUCCAAUUCCCAAACUCUUAUAAAAUUAGAUCUUUUAGUAUGGAAAAUGAAUAAUCAGAAUUAUUCAUUUCCCAUACGAAUUGUAUCUACAGUAGCUCUUCAAAGUAGUUACCUAAAGUUAUUUUAAAUUGCUAAGAUAUCUUUUCAUAACAAAUAUGUCUUUAGCUUGUUUAAUUUUAAUAGAAAUAGAUAUGUUGUAGAUUAUUUAUACAAGCUGUGAGGCAGAACACAAUUUAGAGAAACCUUCAGACAGAAUGUUUAAAAUUUACAUACUUUGUACUUAGCCCAGGACUGAUACUUAGACAAAAUUCUUCUAAAUGAGAAAAGGAAUAUUUCUAAUUAAAUGUGUAUAUUUAUAUUUUAAUAUUUUUCUACAAAAGGCCACAUUGAAAUUAAGCAUAGUGCUUUAGAAGUAAAGAAUUAUUAUCAAAUCGUAGAUAAUUAUUAGAAUCUAGUUUAUUCUAGAUAUUAAUCAUUACCUUUCAUGUGCCAUUUUUUUUAAUCUUGCAAGUAAAUGCCUCUCUGUCAAGCAAAUGUCAAUGAACUCAUAAACCAUAUUUACACACCAUUCCAAGGAGUCCUUUCAAAAAAACCUAGAAAGAAAGCAAAAAGAUACAUUCUGUCCAUUUGGUAACAUUCAGAUAAGCAGGAAUUAACCCCAGAAAACCCUAAUCAAGUAACUACCAAGAAGAAAACCACACUCACUCCCACCAAAAGUCUCAGGGAAAGCUACUUUAUAUAUAGACAAGAAAUCCCACUUGCUCUAAUAAUGUUAACUAGUUGGGUAAUGAAACGUCUGCAAGCAAAUAGCUCAGCACCAAGAACUCCACAGAAAAUGUUAAACCUAAGACUUACAUAUUAUCAUCAAAAUGGUCAUACAGUUCUUGAGCUUCUUUUGCUAGAUCAGGUUACUUUGGGUGGCUUUACCAUUCAUUCCAUUAGUAAAAUCUGGUGAUUCCGUGACAGAAAGAUCUUUAGGCCCAUAGUCAAGUACAUCUGUGAGUAAUCCCUAAAUGCACGUACACACUUAUUAAAUGUGUUACUUAAUAAUAUUGCCAGUAAGCUUUGUUACACUACCCUGAGAAAAAGCCCCAUUAAAAUUGAAGGUAUUUACUCCUGAAUCAAAAUGCAGUCCAGUAAACAGCUUUCAUGCACUUACGGCUGAGCUAGUUAAUGGUAAUAGUGUCUCUGUUUUUCAUAAAAUAAAAAUGUAAUCGUAUUUUUCCUGCAGUCACUCUUAAAACACAAAAGUCUGGUUGGAUGCAAUCGUUUACUAUAGUUGUUUUGAAAUGCGUAGUAGCAUUAUAAGAGAACCUAAGUAAAAUACAUGCAUAGACAUAAAAAUCUGAGGAUGUUGCAUUUUUCACAUCUUUUGUCCUGUGUAAUGUAGCAUUGAAUGAAAAAGGGUGUAUGGAUAGUCCUUGACAUACAACCAAUUAUUUAGUUACAACAGCACGGAAAAAAGUAACUUAUGACUGUUUUUCACAUUUAUGACUGUUGCAGAAUUUCCACACUCUCUUGAUUAGAAUUUGGACAUUUGCCAUCUGGGAUAAAUUUAUGAUGGUCUCAGUGUCCCAGGGUCAUGUGAUCACCUUUUGCAACCUGACUAGGUAGUCAAUGAGGAAGCCAACAUCACUUAACUGUGUUCUAACUUAACAACUUCAGUGACUUGACUUAACAACAGUGGCAAGAAAGAUUGUAAAAUAAGUCAAAACUCACUUAACUGCCUUGUUUAGCAAUGAAAAUUUUGGGCUCCCUUGUAGUCAUAAGUCAAGGACUGCUUGUAUUGUAUUUGCUGCAUAGGCUUGUGUUGGCUGAAUCCUUACCCUAGUCACAAGCCAUUCUUUCAGAAGGUCCAAACAUUUUUAGAAAGAUCUGAAUUAUAAAACACCUUUUUGUAUACUGUAUAUCGAUUUUUAAGUUUGUUCUUUAGAAACAGUAUUUUAUACUUGUUCUCCUAUGUGGGAGGUUUUCAGUGUAGACAUUUUACAAUAACGCAAAAGGUAUUCAAAUGUAGUUUGGAGAAAAAUUCACUAUUACGGACCUUGGGUUUGGUGACUUGUAGUGAAUGUUUCUGUAAAUAUGUUUUUUCCCCCUGUCAACCUCCCAUAAAACUCAGCUUGAGUGGGAAAUCUAGGAAACUAGAAUAAACCUCAUAACAGGUCAUAUGUCUAACAUUUUAUGCAAAGUUAGCUGUAUCACUGCCUAUGUGUAUAUAAGUAGAUAGAUAACUGUAAUCAUUAUUACUGUGUAUAUGUUUGUUGUUUACUAAAGGGGAGAAUCUUUCUGUAAAAGUCCAGCACAAUAUUGUGUAAACAACUAAAGGAAAAGAACCCACUUUUAUUAAUGUAUAAUCACUUGCAACAUGU